AUGGACAGUGAAUAUUUACGGGAACACGGGAUAACGGUCGCCGCUGAAUUUGGUACCAGGCCACACGUUAACAUUUUAGAGGUUUUGAGUGAGUUCGAAAUUUUUUUAUUUUUUUAUUUUUUUGUUGAUAAAUAACGUUUUUCCUUGAUUUAGUGGAUUUGGCACGUAACGCAAGAAGCAUGCUUUCCCCACAAGACGCAGAAAUGUAUGAAAUGCUCGGAAUCAACCCUAACAGGUCUCAUAUCUUUGUUUAAAAAUCAAAGCUAGUUUUUAAGCCCGAAAACCUCAGAAAAAGCUAUCAGGGCUCUGAAAAGAGAAACACCCGACGAUCAGAAAAAUUCGGACGGUAGGAGAAAUAUUUUUGCUUCACUGAUUUCAACAAAACGCUAAUUUAGCGCAAUGCACGAUAUGUUUGGAGAAGGUGACGGAAAAAUGUCCCUUGGACGAAGAAAAAUCAGUUGGAGACGAUCCUGAGAAAGAUGUGCUUCUCCGGAUGCCUUGCAAGCAUGUCUACCACGAAAAAUGCCUCCUUAUGUGGCUAGACAAGGUUUGAGAGAAUAAUUACUAGUCUAAUAAACUUGUCCUCUGAGAAAUAUUCGAUUUCAGACAAACACGUGCCCUUCCUGCCGUCAUGCUCUCAAAACUGUUUCCGAAGAAGAAGAGGUUAUUUUCACUCACGAUUCUUAUAAUCAAUUUAAUUUUAGGAAAGACGCAAAGCAAUGCUUGAAGAGCUGCACGAUUCCAUGUUCUCGUAG